ACAAAAAUCUCCGUGUACUUCCCCCUCCUCGGCCUCUCUCCCUUCCGCGGAGACACCAGGAGCCAGGAAGAAGGCGAGUGGCGUCAAUCAAGCGAGCCAUCAACCAACUGGCCCCCCUUCCCACAAUCCCACCCAAACUGCACUUCUCCACCACCUCAGCGUGAGCAGAGGGCCCAGCAUCCGGAGGUGUUCGUCUAAUUUCUCGCGUCAGGCUUCGGUCGCAUAGCAGGCGGGAGGUUUGGAGGCGGGGGCGGGGAGGUAGGAAGCAGCGAUCUUGGCACCGUCCGAGCUGUCAGGAGCAGGAUUGAAUGGCUAUAUAGAGUUGGUCCCAAGUCGCCUGAAAUGGAGUUGGUGGUUAAGCGGCACCGCUGUACACACUCCGCGAACUGUGUUUGCCUCAAGGGCCACAUCAGUGAUGAUGCAAUGUAUCUCGUGUUUAAACACAUGAAUUGGAACCCAAAGAUGAUUGCUAUCUUCUCCGGCGUAUGUAAAUGGUUUGAUGAAUUCGCCAAGAGGGUGCUCUGGAAGGAAUUCUGCCAAGCCAGGGCACCAAAGAUGAUGACUGAUUUGCACUCUGAUGGAAGCCAUAUUGUUGAUGGCAACUGGAAAGCCCUAGGGAAGCUUCUUAUCUACUGCUCAGGGUGCCCUAGGGAAGACCUGUUUAGUAACAUCCAUGUCCCAAUCCCAGGGCACUUUGUCUACAGGACCCGUUUUUCUAGGACGUUGGGGAAGAGCUUAUUGCCACCACAGUGCAGGUCAGAUGUGUUGUAUGUCUCGGAGUCUUGUGAACAUCUUGACCAGGGUGAGGAAGGUGACUUGGGCCUCGUCCGGGGUAUCUUCAAGUCAUUUGCUGGGUCGAAUAUGAAGAAAAUGUUGAUUGAGAGGGAGGCAACGUUCCAUCCAAAUGAGGUGUGUAUUUAUUGUAAAACAAAGCUAUGGCACUUGAUGCAACCAAAUAUGAUACCGAGCAGUGCCUCCACGAGGUUGGACGCGGAUGAUGAUUCUGUUGAGUAUUAUGUAUGCCUUAAUGGACACAUCAUUGGUUCAUGCACUCUGAUGCCCUUCUCAGAUUCUGAGGAUACAAAGGAAGAGUGAUCAAGACUUGAACCAGGUUUGAUGUAUCACUGGAUUUGCUGAAAAGUGAGAUUGUGGGACUCUCUAAUGCCUGCUUUUGAACUUAGGUUAGUAUAGAGAAGGUACCAGAUUUAGUUGAAACCAAUCACUGCUAAGAGAAAGGAAAGAGAAAUAUCUGACAGGUGUAUAAACAAAAUUUUGUAUGGAAUAAGAUAUUCUUUGUUACUAGUUGCCGUGGCUCUAAGAGGAGGGCCACAGCCGGGUGGCGUAGUGCACCCGCCUAAUCCCAGAGGGUGGUUACUCAGGGAAGUGCAAGCUAUUCCUCAGAUCUACUCAUGAAGCAAGAACACAAGAACACACGAGGAUUUAGAGUGGUUCGGGCCGCCGGAGCGUAAUACCCUACGUCCACUGAGAGUUGUAUUGCUCUUGUGUCUGUGGAUCAGUCUAUCCUCUGCUUCUAAGUCAUUUUUCCACUUGAGUUCUUCUCUAACGGGCGUCUCCCUUUUAUAGCGCAAGGAGGACGCGUACACAGGCGUUGGACCGCGACAGGUGGGCCCAACAAGGAUGUAUAGUCUACCAUGAAAAAGAUAUUGAUGGUGCUAUAGUGAUGGAGAAUCUUUUGCCGGAUACGCUUCAUCGCCCUGUAGACUCUCUGAUCGAGGGGGGUCUUCACUUGUCCCAUCGGCGAGGCGCCCGUUGAGGCAGCGUAGGUUGCGGCGUAGACUGUUGGGUCUACCGUGCAGGCGUUAUGAUGGGUAAAGCCGAGCUGUCAUGUCUAACUGGCGUAGCAGACUGACGCACGUGGCGUGGGCGGCGCCAACGGCUGCAUUGUGCGCCUUGGUAACUCGCGAUCAACAGGACAGCCUAGCAAAAGUCGCCUCGGGCUCUGCUGUGGCCGAGCGCACUUACGUCUCCCGCAUUGAAUGCGGUAGGUGGGCGAGUCUUCCCGAGGAAGCUUCAUGGCUCCGCGCGUGCCUGCGCCUGCGGACACGUGACGGCUCCGGACCCCCCCCCAUGCGGAGUGUCUGUUCCCUCCCCGCUGUGGGGUCCGGAAAGUAUAUGGGGGUCCGGGACCUCGUGAGAGGUCCGGGGCCCCCAGCUGUUUUGGCUCAGCGCUCUUCUCCGGGACACGCGGCGUCACCGGACCCUUCCCUAGCAAGGAAUGGGUCUGGGGGUUGCUGAUCGGGUGAGAAGGGCUUCGGACCGCGGUGGUCCGGUUGCUCAAGCCGUCCGCGCAUAGUCAAGGAUAACUACGAGGCUCUUGCCUAGACACAGCAACAACUCUGGGACACGUGGUGUCACCGGACCAGUCCCUGAGCAGGAAGCGGGUCCGGGACCGUUGGUCCGGUGAGGUGGAGCCGGACCCCAGGGGUCUGGCUGCUCAGCUCCUUAGGGCGUAGUUACGGAUAACUACGCGAGUCUUGACGCAGCGAGAGGGGGUACCCUAGUCCAGAGGUACCGACACUCAGUGGCGGAUGUACACCCCGGGCCACCCGUGCCAUGGCCCGGGGUUCGGCCCAAAAAAUUGCUGAAGAAGCCCAAAAAAUUGCUGAAGAAGAAUAAAUAUACUACUUCGCGAUGACACUUGUUGUAUGUUUUCUAUCUUUCCAUUAUGUUCUCGUGUAUUUUUUGAACUUCCAUUAUGUUCUCGUGUAUCUUUUGAACUAUGAGUUUGUCGACGUCUGGUUUUUGUCACAACUAUAUUUAAAACUCGGCCCGGGGUUCAACUCAAUCCUGGUUCCGCCACUGCC